AUGCCUCCGCCGCGCCGACACCGCGCCGCCACCGCGCCACUAUGCUGUGUAUACGUUCGCGACCGCACCGCCCCCGCGCCGACGCCGCACCGCCGUGCCGGUUUGCCGUGUUUGGCAAGAUUUAGCGAUAUCAAAAUCGUCGCCUUACUCCGUGACGUGUCGGGGAUUACCAUUAUCAUUUGCAUUAACAGAUUUGGUUGUGAAAACGACUAUUUAAGAGACUUGCAGGCUUCUAUCGGCAGUGAUAACCAGGCAAACAUGUUCAAACUACUGUGUCUUGUAGCUCUCGUCAGCCAACAGGCUUUCGGUAAAAUCAUUCCCGUUGAUUAUGUGGAAAACAUCAAACAAGGGCCUCAAGGCCGUAUCGUGUCGGGAGCCGAUGCAAGCCCUGGCCAGUUCCCUUACCAAGUCGCUGUGAGAGCCAUCGACCAACAAGGCAGGUUGCUGGCCUGCGGUGGUGUGAUCAUUGAUGCGGAAUGGGUGGUGACAGCUGCCCACUGCACUGCUACCUACGCGUCCGUCGUGAUCAUUGCUGGCGUCAACAUUAACGACCCCGAAGUUGCCGUCGAGAGCAGCGAGUGGUACAACCACCCAACCUACAACCCUGAGGCACCCAACGCGCCACAGGUCAACGACAUCGCUUUGAUCAAGUUGCCGUCACCCCUCACUUUUUCAGACAACGUGAACAAGAUCCAACUGGAAUCAUCUGCUAACGCCGAAAAGAACUACGAUGGUGUCAAACUGUACGCCAGCGGCUUCGGAAGACUUUGGACUGAUGGAUCUAUGUCUGACACACUUAAAUGGGUAAACCUCCGCGGUAUCAGCAACCAGGAGUGCCGUAGAUUGUACUCAUGGAUUGUCACUGACGCCACCCUCUGCGCGCAGUACUACGACGAAGUUACUCAGUCCAUCUGCCAGGGUGACACCGGUGGUCCUCUCGUUGAAAAGAACGAAGAUGAAGAAGUUCUUGCUGGUAUUGGUUCCUUCGUUGCUGCUGCUGGUUGCCACAACGGCUUGCCCACUGGUUUCAUCCGUGUGGCAGCUUUCCACGCCUGGUUCACUGAAGUCACAGGCAUCGAAUUCGAUUCAGAUGAAGAAGUGCCUGAGGUAACACCAGAGCCAGAAAGCGAAGAGGAAGAGAGCGAGGAAUCCAGUGAGGAAUCCAGCGAGGAGUCCAGCGAGGAAUCCAGCGAGGAAUCCAGCGAAGAGUCCAGCGAGUCAGAUGAAGAAGAUUCUGAAGAAGAAAGCCCUGAAGAACCCGAGAACCCAGAAGAGCCUGAGAGCCCCGAAGAGCCUGAAAACCCUGAAGAGCCUGAAGAACCUGAAAACCCUGAAGAGCCCGAAGAACCAGAGAACCCUGAAGAACCCGAAGAGCCCGAGAAUCCCGAAGAAGAGGAAUAA